GAGAAGCUGUUGUUCGCACCACUUUUGUGCAUUGACACACUUCUAAAGCACAAUGGACUUUUCGUCGUCCACUGCCCCAGUCUCGAGGGAGACUUGGGCGCCUCGUUCGCCCGUCCACGACGGCGGCGACGACCGCCGCUACGCCGAGCGCCCGCCCGUGCCGGCCCAUGACGUCGAGAUGCGCGACGGCGGCCGUGACCGCGAUGACCGUGACGACCGCGACCGCCGCGACGACAGGCGCGAUGACCGCCGUCCGCCCCACGACGACCGCCGCGAUGACCGCGGCCCGCCUCGCGACGUUGGCAGGCCCUCCGCCCCGCCCUCUCGCCCCAACAAUGCUCCCUCGGUCGAGGCCAACCCCGUCCUUGGUGUCUUUGGCCUCUCGAUCCGCACCUACGAGCGUGACCUUGAGGACGAGUUCUCGCGCCACGGUGACGUCGAGAAGGUGACCAUUGUCUACGACCAGCGUACUGACCGCUCCCGUGGCUUUGGCUUCAUCACCAUGCGUAGCAUUGAGGACGCUGCCCGUUGCAUUGAGAAGCUCAACGGUGUCGUUCUCCACGGCCGUGCCAUCCGUGUCGACUACUCGGCUACGACCAAGCCUCACGCUCCUACACCAGGAGAGUACCGUGGCGAGAAGCGUCCCUUUGACGACCGCUUUGACGGCCGCCGUCGUGACGACCGUGACCGCCGCUGGGGCGGUGGCGACCGCUAUGAUGACCGCCGUGGUGGUGGUGACCGCUGGGGUGGCGACCGCCGUGGCGGCGGCGACCGCUACGGACCCCGUGACGACGACCGUCGUGGUGGUGACCGCGACAGGCCGUAUGACCGUCGCGACGGCCCCCCUCGCCGCGACGACGACCCCUACGGUGGCCGCAGCCGUCGUGACGACGACCGCCCUCCUCCCGAGCGCCGCCGCUCUCCCAGCCCCCGUCGCCGCUACUCUGCGUCGCCGGACCGCCGGGGCCCUCCUGCUGGUGGCCAGGGCGAGUCUGACCGCUUCUAAGCGCACAGCCACAUCGCACAAGCCUGGAUGCAAGCUCGUACCUACUAAAGUAUAGACCUCACGCCCCUCCCCCCCUCUGCCCUAUAGGACAAGCAUGGGUCAAGCCUCUCUUCAAUCCUCCAUGAAUGUCAAGCCGGCGCCGUCAGAGUCAAGCCCAAGUGCCCAGAGAACAUGUACCAUUCUUCGUCGUGCCGUGUCAAUCAGUCAAUGAAUCCAUCCAUCCAUCCGUCCAUCAUCACAAGAGCAAUGCCCAAAGCGUACAACAUUGAACACUUAAAGAGCAGCCACCUGGCAUGGUGCACUCGCGAUAUCGGUGCAUCGAGCACGGUGAGUCUCGGCAGGGGCUGACGCAGGCAACGUUCCGAGCACCGCAGGAUCCAUGCGUCGCAGUUGCGCAAAGAGCGCCGCAGGGAGCGAGUGCUCUUGCGCACUUCUGCAGUGCGAAGAAGUUUGGUGAGUGGAUGGCAUGAGC